CUGGUAUGCGUCCGCGGUCACUACAGCUCAAGUAUCUGAGCACUGGGCCAGGAUGCGGGCCGCCAGCGCCUCCUGACAAGGGAUCCCUAAAACCCCCACGCCAACGGAGCAGCACUGUAAGGGGCUAGCGCCCGAAGUCUUCCCAAGUCAACGGACAAAGUCGGACCGCAACUUCCUUGCAUCAUUAUUUGCUGCUCCUCUUCCCACUGACUUGCUUUCCCUCAUGAGUUUGGAACAUGCUGCCCGACCCGCCAUGCACAGGUUACAGGUCACCCAGCCCUGCUGGUCACCCAGCCCUGCUUGUCACCCACGCUGGUCACCCAGCCCUGCUUGUCACCCAGCCCUGCCACCCAGCCCUGUCACCCACGCUGGUCACCCAGCCCUGCUUGUCACCCACGCUGGUCACCCACGCUCCGCUGCAUGCUUCUUUGGAUUUGGGACUGCUUGCCACCCAGUCCUGCUUGUCACCCAGCCCUGCUGGUCACCCAGCCCUGCUUGUCACCCACGCUGGUCACCCAGCCCUGCUUGUCACCCAGCCCUGCCACCCAGCCCUGCUUGUCACCCACGCUGGUCACCCAGCCCUGCUUGUCACCCACGCUGGUCACCCACGCUCCGCUGCAUGCUUCUUUGGAUUUGGGACUGCUUGCCACCCAGUCCUGCUUGUCACCCAGCCCUGGAGAUUGGGACUGCAGAGGUGGGGCCGCAUUAGCCCACUAAACACGGGCUGCUUUUACACUGCAGCAUUUCUUUUGCUACCAUUGUAAAAUAGAUAUUUGAUAUGCGACAAAAGAGCCGCAAGCGCAAGAAGCUGGCGGACGAGGAGGACAGCGAGGAGGAGGAGGACCCUAGCACUUUUAGCGUCAAGACCCGCAGGCGGAGGCGGAAUGACCGCCGCAAGCGCCGCCUGCAGGCAGGCAAACCGACGCAGCCGCCACGGUACUGGAGCAAGAAGCUCCGGAAGCUGGAGGCAGCAACUGCGGCAGUCGCAGCGGGAGCUGGCGGGGGUGAAGCAGCUGGGCAGGGGGCAUGGGCGCCGCUGCAGCUGCACUGGUCGGACAUCCGCUUCCGCUCACGGAAGUUCGGCGUGUACUCACAGUCGCAGCGCGUGCUGCACCGUGAGGCGCGUCGGCUUACGGGCGGGGCGCCCAUGUCGCGAGUGUCCAUCGGCUACGGCAACGCCAGCACCGGCCACAACUCCGUCAUCAAACGCCCCAGCCGCGGGCCGCAUAAGGCCAUGCAGCGGCUGCUGCGGCGCUGCUACGCCCGCAGCGUCGUGAUGAUUGAUGAGUACUGCACCUCGCAGGUCUGCUACAACUGCGGCCUGCGGGAGCUGCGGAAGAUCCUGCCGCACAACGGCACGCGGCGCUACACUGUUCUGGCCUGCGACGGCUGUGGAACCGUCUGGAAUCGCGAUGCCAACGCGGCGGCGAACAUCCGCCUCAUCACCGCCUGCCUGGAGGAGGGACUGCCGCGGCCUGAGGCGCUCACGCGCCCCAUCCACGGCAGUGGUGGUGGCGGAGCAGGACGACAAGGAGGAGGCCAGCGCGCGCCCUGCACCCGUUCGGCGCCAGGAGCGGCGGCGGCGGCAACCGCCGCUGCGGCUGCCGCGGAUGCUGAUGCUGCGGUGCAGGGCGGCGGCGCCUACGGCUAGUCUGAGAUUAUGGCGCGUGGGUAUGGACCAGCGUGGGUGACAAGCAUACGGGAUGACAAGCAGGGCUGGGUGACAAGCAGGGCUGGGUGACCAGCGUGGGUGACCAGCGUGGGUGACAAGCAGGGCUGGGUGACCACCAGCGUGGGUGACAAGCAGGGCUGGGUGACCUGCAGGGCUGGGUUACAAGCGUGGGUGACAAGCAGGGCUGGGUGUGAAACAGUACUGGUGUGUCAUGUCUUGUUACUGACAUGCGUGGAUACAGCACAACGCUCGCGGGACUACGCUGUUCUGGCCUGCCCUGGUUGUAGAACCGCCUGGAACUGCGAUGCAAGUGCUGCUGUUGUGCGGUAGUGUCGUGCGGUUGAGGUAGCUAGUUGAGUAGUUGCGUAUUCGCCGUCCAGACAAUGUC